GUUACUUUCUGAGAGUUUUGGCGCCAGCGGUUGCUUGUGUUACUGAGCAUGGCUCCUAUAUCCAGCGGCAGUAGCAGCGAGCAGCCAGAUAUGUCUGAUUCUGGGAGCUGUGCAACAUCACGUUCAAGACGUGAAAAAGUGGAAAAAAAGGGUAGAAAGGAAGCUUUAGAACGUUUAAAGAAAGCUAAAUCUGGUGAAAAGGUCAAAUAUGAGGUCGAAGAGAUGUCAAGUAUUUAUGAAGAGGUGGAUGAGGAAUCGUACUCUAAGAUUGUACGGGAGCGUCAGGAUGAUGACUGGAUAGUGGAUGAUGAUGGGGCAGGUUAUGUAGAAGAUGGUAGAGAGAUCUUCGAUGAUGACCUUGAAGAAAAUGUGCUUGAAGGCAAAGGGAAAGGAGGAGCUAAAGACAAAGCAAAUGUUAAGAAGUCUUCUGUAUCAAAACCAAACAAUAUCAAGUCCAUGUUCAUGGCUAGUGCGGGAAAAAAGACACUUGAUAAAACAGUUGACUUGUCAAAAGAUGAUUUACUGGGUGAUAUACUAAGAGACUUAAAAUCUGAGUCUCCUCAGAUAACUCCGCCUCCUGUCAUUACUUUAAAGAAGAAAAAGCUGGCUGGUGCUCCACUAAAUCCAUUUUCUUUGCAAGCACCUAUUCAAAAGGUUUCUCCUGCACAUGUCCGAAAACCACCAGCUAUUGCAAAGCAUGAUUAUCCUACAGCUGCUGCUCACUCAAAAACACCCAGUCAUUCUUUUAAACCUAUGGAAAUUAAGCAAGAGCAGAAAACUAAAGCUGAGACUCCAGAUUUGCCUAAAAAUGGUUCUUUAAAAAUGGAAGAUUCCAUAGAAGAAGAGAGUGAAACAGUGGUGGAAUUUGAGGAUGUUGAUUUUGAUGAGCCAAUGGAAGAUGAUGCUGAAGCAGCAAAACAUUCCAAUGUAUCAGUUAAACAAGAACCAAAAGAAAACCAAAAAAAUAAAGAGAGAACACAUAUGGAAGAGAGCUCAUUCAUCUCCUCUACUUUGGGUCAAACUUGUUGGGACCAAAUGCCAGAAGAGAGCAGUUCAGUGAGUGCAGAUGUUCAAGUAGACUCAAACCUUCUCCCUUUAGUUACUGGAGCAGAUGGUGAUCAGAUAUUUAGAUUUUACUGGUUGGAUGCCUAUGAAGAUCAGUACAAUCAGCCAGGUGUGGUUUACCUAUUCGGCAAAGUUUGGAUUGAGUCAGCUGAGGUAUAUGUUAGCUGCUGUGUAUCCGUGAGAAACAUAGAGAGGACAGUCUAUCUUUUGCCACGUGAAACGAGAGUUCAGCUCUCUUCAGGAAAAGACACGGGGGUCCCAGUAACCAUGAUGCACGUGUACCAAGAAUUUAAUGAGUGCAUUGCAGACAAGUACAAGAUUAUGAAAUUUAAGUCCAAGGGAAAGCGCAAGAGGAAAAGUGAAGAAUCAGUAAAUAAGGUUACUCACACAGUUCUUGAUAUUUCUAAUGCCCCCUCCCAGAGGCCGGAGGAGGAGGAUAAUUCGGUAGCAUCUGAGGAGCUCAGCACUCAGCCUAUUAGCUGGUGCAAAGUUGAAACCGUAGUUGCAAAUCCUAACCUUGUGAAUGUUGUAAAGGAUCUUGCUCCUCCUCCGGUCGUUGUCUUAUCACUCAGCAUGAAGACUGUGCAGAAUGCAAAGACUCAUCAAAAUGAGAUUGUUGCUCUGGCAGCAUUAAUUCAUCACAAGUUUCCUCUUGAUAAAGCACCACCACAGCCUCCCUUCCAGACACAUUUUUGUGUUCUCAGCAAGCCAAAUGAUUGCAUUUUCCCCUAUGACUAUAAGGAAGCAGUAAAAAGAAAGAAUGCAAAUAUUGAAAUCGCUUUAACCGAAAGAACUCUCUUGGGCUUUUUUCUGGCAAAAAUACAUAAAAUUGAUCCUGAUGUUAUUGUGGGCCAUGAUAUCUAUGGUUUUGAUCUUGAAGUAUUACUGCAGCGGAUCAAUUCGUGCAAAGUUCCUUUUUGGUCAAAGAUUGGAAGACUAAGGAGAUCUGUUAUGCCAAAGCUUGGGGGUCGAAGUGGUUUUGCAGAAAGAAACGCAGCCUGUGGUCGGAUAAUUUGUGAUAUUGAAAUUUCUGCAAAGGAGUUAAUUCGAUGUAAAAGCUAUAAUUUGUCUGAGCUGGUAAAUCAGAUACUGAAAACAGAAAGAAUUGUCAUCCCUCCUGAAAACAUCCGCAAUUCGUACAGUGAUUCUUCUCAUCUUCUGUUCAUGCUGGAGAACACCUGGACUGAUGCCAAAUUCAUCCUUCAGAUCAUGUGCGAGCUGAAUGUGCUUCCACUAGCUUUGCAGAUCACAAAUAUUGCAGGCAAUGUCAUGUCGAGAACAUUGAUGGGUGGACGCUCAGAAAGGAAUGAAUAUCUGCUGCUUCAUGCCUUCUAUGAAAAUAACUUCUUGGUACCAGACAAACCACAAUUCAGAAAGCAACAGCCAGCAUUGGCAGAUGAAGAAGAAGAUAUGGACCUAGAUCAAAACAAAGGAAAGAAGGUGCGAAAGAAGGCAGCUUAUGCUGGUGGUUUGGUCCUCGAUCCUAAAGUUGGUUUCUAUGACAAAUUUAUUUUGCUUCUGGAUUUCAACAGCCUGUACCCAUCUAUAAUUCAAGAGUACAAUAUCUGCUUCACAACUGUGCAUAGGGUUGUUUCCAACAUGCAGAAGUCAGCAGAGGUCGAAGAACAGGAUGAAAUUCCAGAGCUGCCUAGUCCAGAUCUCGAGAUGGGAAUCUUGCCACGAGAGAUUCGAAAACUGGUAGAGAGAAGACGUCAAGUCAAACAAUUGAUGAAACAGCCAGACCUUAAUCCUGACUUAUAUCUCCAGUAUGACAUCAGACAGAAAGCAUUGAAGCUCACUGCUAAUAGCAUGUAUGGAUGUUUGGGAUUUUCCUACAGCAGGUUCUAUGCUAAGCCAUUGGCUGCGUUGGUCACUCACCAAGGAAGAGAGAUUCUGCUGCAUACUAAGGAGAUGGUACAGAAGAUGAACUUGGAGGUUAUAUAUGGUGAUACAGAUUCAAUCAUGAUAAACACCAAUUGUAACAACUUGGAAGAAGUCUUCAAACUUGGAAAUAAGGUUAAAAAUGAAAUAAACAAAUCUUAUAAACUCUUGGAAAUUGACAUUGAUGGCGUAUUUAAAUCUCUUCUACUACUGAAGAAAAAAAAAUAUGCAGCCUUAACUGUGGAACCUACUGGCGAUGGGAAAUAUACAACUAAACAGGAACUGAAAGGUCUUGAUAUUGUCAGAAGAGAUUGGUGUGAACUUGCAAAAUUAGCAGGAAAUUACGUUAUCAGCCAAAUUCUUUCUGACCAGCCACGAGAUAAUAUAGUUGAAAAUAUUCAGAAAAAACUGACUGAAAUUGGCGAGAAUGUGCUGAAUAGUAGUAUCCCCAUCAGCCAGUACGAGAUUAAUAAGGCAUUGACAAAAGAUCCUCAGGACUAUCCUGACAAGAAAAGUCUGCCACAUGUCCAUGUUGCCAUAUGGUUAAAUUCUCAAGGUGGGAGAAAGGUGAAGGCUGGGGAUACAAUAUCAUACAUCAUUUGUCAGGAUGGAUCAAAUCUGGGUGCCAGCCAGAGAGCAUAUGCUCCAGAACAGCUGCAAAAACAAGAGAACCUUUCCAUUGACAUGCAGUACUACCUCUCGCAACAAGUCCACCCAGUAGUGUCUCGAAUAUGUGAACCCAUAGAUGGAAUAGAUUCUGCUCUUAUUGCUUCUUGGUUAGGGCUUGACCCUGCUCAGUUUAGAACUCAUCAACACUACCAGAAAGAUGAAGAGAAUGAUGCUUUGCUUGGAGGACCAACUCAACUCACCGAUGAAGAAAGAUUCAAAGACUGUGAACGAUUCAAAUUCCCUUGCCCAAAGUGUGGAACUGAGAACAUAUAUGACAAUGUUUUUGAUGGAUCGGCAAUGCAAAUUGAACCCAGCUUGAAACGCUGCAGUAAACCAGAUUGUGAAGUCUCACCCCUGGACCAUAUUGCUCAAGUGCAGAAUAAGCUGCUUUUGGAUACAAGACGUUAUAUAAAGAAGUAUUACAGUGGCUGGCUUGUAUGUGAAGAACAAACCUGUCAAAACAGGACACGCCGUCUACCGCUUAGCUUCUCCCGAAAUGGUCCAAUUUGCCAGGCUUGCAUGAAAGCUACUCUUAGAUCAGAGUAUCCAGAAAAGGCCUUGUACACUCAGCUGUGUUUCUAUCGAUUUAUUUUUGACUGGGAUUAUGCACUGGAAAAAGUUGUUUCUGAACAAGAAAGAGGUUACUUGAAACAUUUUACCUAUUUGGAGAGUACAUACAAGACAUUAAAAGGCGUCAUUGACCAAGCACUUUCGCAGAGUGGGUAUUCUGAAGUGAAUCUCAGCAAGCUGUUUCAAACUCUGAGCACAAAAUAACAAGCUCUGUGUGAGAGGAGUCUUCAAGAGAAUUCAUACUUAAUAAACUUUUUUUUUAUUAAUCGCCUUUAUAAACUUUAUUUGUUGGAAACUAUUAAUAGAUCUUUUAAGUCCUAAAAUAUGUUUGCAUUUGAUAUGUGUCGAACAAUGUUAUUACAAUAGAACCAUCUAAAAUAAUUUCUCAGUGUCAGAGAAAUAUUUUUUCUCUGACAUCUGUGUUAAAAAUACAUUUUCCUUUUUUUUUUAUGUUGUAAAGAGAUGUGUAUGGAGACCUAGGAGAUAAAAGGACGGCUGCUUUAAUUGAAUAAUUCCCAGUGAGAGUAGAUGAAAUGUAAGUGAUCCUAGCCUUUUCUGUUCAGAAUUUAGUUGAGGUGCUUUCAUGAAGAGAGGUUACAAAAGGUUUCAAGUAGGAGCACUAAUGUUUCCCUUUUCACAGUUUUCUGAUACUUGUCACAAACAUGCUAAUUAUUAAAAAAAAAAAUGGCUAAACCAAAGGUUUCCAUAGGCUAUUAUAUAAAACAAAAGUCUGAAUUACAUUUUAUUCUUUAUUCCUUUUUGAUGUAGUUUUAAAAAGUGAACAAGUUUACAUAGCAAUCCUAUAUUUCACUUCCUGGUUAAUAGAAAAAGUAUCUUUGUGCUAGUUUUGUCUAUACAUUAUGCUGGUGUUUGACAUUUUUUGAUAUUCAAAAUGAUAUAAGUAAGUGAUAUAAGUGUGAAAUCAGUUUUAUAGAAAAAGAUUUUUUUACACAUGAACAAUAAAAUAAAGCUAUCUUCUAAAA